AUGGCUCCCUCCUACACUCCUCCACUUUCAUCCCCCCUAGCCCCCUCCGGUCCAAGACCCGCUAACCCCACUCUCUUUGGUGCUACCGGAUGCACCCCAAAACAAUGCAUCCUCAUCAACCUUUCAGAUGCACGUCAGGCCCCCUACCUCACUCGCAGUGCCUCCCACCAAUACCGCUUCACCUCCAAGGGAAUGAAGCUCUUUGCUGUCAAGGGGACUAACUUUCACAUUGAGGUGGUAUAUGCUGAGGUUGGCGACGACGACUCAAACUGA